GAGCAGGAACCUCGUAACAGAACGGACGCGUGUGCUCUUUUGUAACCCUUUUUUGUGUGGUGAUCGUGACGGUAAAGUUGCGUUGGUGAAGCGAAAAAUUACAAUUUCAAAUCCCGUCGGCGAAAAAAUCUUCGGCGAGAAAGUGAUUGGGAUUCUGAAAGUAAAAGACUUAAAUCACAGAGACUUGCUGCUACCAGAGUGGAGUUAGUGCAGCUGAACAGUAGAAAAGAAGUGCAGUUGUGCAGUUUAUUGUGGUGGGGCAGUACCUGAUCGUGGAUUGGAAAGUUUUUUUUUUUGUUUUAAAGCCUUCUAAUAAAUAUUAAACUCGAGUGGCCGAACCUCGGAAGAAGUGCGCGGACCUUAACUUUGUACCUGUACUAAGCAAAAACCAAAAAAAAACAGCAAACACCAUGUCGAAGGUCUGGGGAUACACUGAGCUGAACGGACCCCACGUCUGGAAGGAGAUGUACCCGCAGGCGGCCGGCGAGCGCCAAUCGCCGGUGGACAUCCGGACGCGCCAGACCACCCAGUCCAGCGACCUCAGCUCGAACCCGCUCCGGUGGACGUACGUGCCGGAGAACACGCGCAGCCUGGUCAACCCGGGCUACUGCUGGCGGGUGGACGUCGAUGGCAAGGGAUCCCAGCUGACCGGCGGGCCCCUCGGGGACGAGAUCUUCGUGCUGGAGCAGUUCCACAGCCACUGGGGCUGUUCGGACUCGCGCGGUUCCGAGCACACCGUCGACGGGGAAGCCUUUGCCGGGGAGUUGCACCUGGUGCACUGGAACCAGACCAAGUACGCGAGCUUCGCCGAGGCCGCCGGUCAGCCGGACGGGCUGGCCGUGCUGGGAGUGUUCUUGAAGGUCGGAAAGCCCCACCCUGAAAUGGACACCAUCGCGAAGCUGUUGCCGUUCAUCACCCAUAAGGGAGACCGGGUCACCAUGCCGAAGCCCCUCGAUCCGGCCAACCUGCUGCCGGCCACCAAGGCCUACUGGACCUAUCUGGGCUCCCUGACCACCCCACCCUGCACCGAGUCGGUCACCUGGAUCCUGUUCAAGGAACCGAUCGAGGUGUCCCACGAGCAGCUGGAGCACUUCCGCGAGAUGCGCUGCUAUGACGCCCGCGAGGAGUGCCCCUGCGACGACUCGCUGCACAAGACCUUCGAGUACGGCAAGGUCAUCAACAACUACCGGCCCCCGCUGGAGCUGGGCAGCCGCGAGCUGCGCGAGUACGGUGGCCACUAAUGGGCGGACCCCGCCGGCGGUGCCGUCUUCGCGGACGACACUUCCAGCCGGCUGUGAGCGCAGUUGGUUGAGGGUUGACGACACACGUGGGAUGGAAAAGCAAUAACUUAUGAGAGGGAGGAGUUUUAAAAGGAAAAAAAAAUAUGGCAAGUCACUCGAGAAUUGCACAGUGUGUUUGAAACGUCACCGUCACAAAUUUGUCAAUCGUGUGUUUUGAAAAUUGCACGUGUUUACUAUUCCACGUGUUUGCGCCGGGGAAAUAAAAUUGUUGGACAUUUCCGUACAAGCUGUCUGAACAUCUCUAUGUGAUCCUGUUCGUCAAAUUGGAAGCAAUAUUGCAUGCAAGAAGAGUCGUUUCUCACUUCAAAAACUAGAUGGCGUCACAAUCACAGGGCAGAUCACUUGUUUGGGGAUGUUCAUCGAGCAGAAAAUAACCAGAUUUAGGCAGCUCUACGGAGAUUGCACCGAGUGAUUGCAUUUUCAACAGACAGGUUUCAAUUAGAUUAUCCACAAAAAAAAACAAUUGUAGAAAAAAGAACGGAAGGCGCAGUGCAAUUUCGUUGCCAUUUGUUAACUAAAAUUGAAUUUAAUUGUUUUUAUUCAAAUUUAUCGUUGCGCUGGUGAACACAAUAUUAUAUUAAUAUUUUAGUGCAGUCGAUUAUAGUAUGUUAGUUUGUACAUUAGUUUGCUCCAAAAUCAUAGAAAAAACGUUAUUCAAAUUGUCACCGGUCUACCCACCGGGUAGGAACCACCCAAAGCAAACUUCUGCGUAAUUUAAAAGUCGUUUCAGGUCCCCACCCCGUGGGUAUGCACUAAAGUUGUAAGAAACCAUUAUUUUUCGGGCUGGGAACAGGGUUAAUCGGUAAGAUUUUUCAAUCAGGAUUGUCGAAUCACAGCAAGCCAUUCAGCAUCUAUUCAUCCUAAAUACGUUAAGUUGAGGUUAGGUUCACUGUUCUGUUCCGUUAAUACACGUUAAGUUGAAACCAGCGCGAUUCCAGUUUUAAAAUCCAGCAAAAAAACAACUCAAACCGUGACAUAGAAAGUGCCUGUAACCGCAACCAGAGGAAAGGAAAGUAACAAAAACAACCAAGUGUGAAAUAGAGUUAGUCGAUCAGUUAACUAAACAUACGAAGCAAAACAAAACAAAAACAGAUAUCCUAACAAACAAACAAAACAAGUAGUGGGAACCAAAAACCGUGAGCAGUAUUCUAGGGAUCUUUUUCCUUUUCUAAAUACGGUAAUUCCCAAUGAAAGCAUGAUAUUUUUUGUAUGCCGUUUUAGACAGAAUUCUAGUGUACCACGUGUUUAUAGAGAGUGUGCUGGUAAUAUAUAUUUACACGUUGAAAUGUAAGCGUACACGGAAAGAAAAUAAAACAAAACACCACGUGUCAAGGAAAGAAAGAAGCAUUCAUAUAUUACGUUGUUUGUAAGUGUUACAGAGAAUUUUGUGAACAUAUAUGAGAAAAUAUAUAUAUCAACAUGUAGCUUAAAAC